AUGCAAGACGUACCUGUUAAGGCCAGGAGGCUGUCCCGAGAGCAGAUCAUCAAUGAGAUGGAGAAAGAGCAAGAUGCCAUUGUGGUGAAACUUUUGAAGGAGAUUGAGACCUUGAAGCUCGAGAACACACGGCUGAGGCAGCGGCUAGCCAUGUUUGCAGAAGACGCCCAGAACAAUAACCACAGCACACAGGCAGCUCGCAGAAGAGCGGGCUCUGUGACGUCCACGACAUACUCAAACUCUGCCAUAUUAACCGACGAUGAAGAAGACGAAGACCACAACGGCCACAGACGAGACUCGUUUCUAAGAGUGCCAGUCUCCCCUACACACUCAAGACAGGCAAGCAUGUCCUCGUCCGCAUCUUCAUCUUCAAACAGGAGACCAUCCUUGGUGGUCAAAGAACAAAGACAAUUGGAACUGCUAGAAUUCAGGAAGAGAAACGCCUCACUAUCUAAGAAGAAAUAG